GAAAUUUGCAUGCGUUGGAUGUAAAAACGAGUCAAUCGGGUAAUGGAAUUAUCAAAAUAACUCUCUCUUCGUCGGGCUAUAUAAACCGCCAAGAGGCUAUCCCACAGUCAUCAGUUCGCCGAGUCAUCAUCACAAGUCAACAACAUGAAUAAGCUGUUUUUCAUUGCCGCCUUCCUGACUGUUGCUAUCGCCGCUCCUCAAGGCAAAAAGGAAACCGAAGAUCCACCAAUCGUCGUCAAUAGCCAGUCUGAUGUCCGGAAUCUUGAUGGAAGCAGUCAAUGGAGCUACACACAAUCUGACGGCACUACCCGAGAGGAGACGCAGGUUCAAAAGAAGAUAAAGACGAUCUCAACCGAUUCGUAUGGCAAGCAAACGGUUAAUGAAGAGAUUGGCAAUACCAAUAAAGGAGCGUCCUACUGGGUCUCCCCCGAAGGCCAGAAGAUCACUUUGACCUGGGUCGCUGACGAAGGGGGAUUCCAGCCAAAAGGUGAUCACUUACCGGUUGCACCAGUUCAUGUUUUCACGCUGCCCGUUGCUCCCGCACUUCCAUAUCAACGCACUGGACUCGGCUACUAAGUAAUGGAAUCCAAUGUGUAAGUUUUGUUACGCUUGAAAGUUACCCAAAAUUAUCGUAUCCCGUUGUUAUUCAUCAUACAUGUCUGUGUAAUUCAUUGCUGGGAAACUAUAUUACACGGACUUGUUGUGUCA